UGGUUAUGUAUUUGUUUAUAUAAAUUCUUGUUGUUUAAAGAAAGUCUUAUUUAAUUUUUAUCGUCAAAAUUCCAAGUUGAAUUGAACUUUCUGUGAAAGUAUCAGUGCCUUUUAAAAAAAUUUAGGAGAUAAUUUUACUUACUGGUUCAAAAAGUAGAACUAUACAAAUUCAGCGAUUUUCCAUCAUUCGAAGCGACCAACUGUCAUUUUCUCUAACCUAAAUUCAUCAAAAAAACCAAUUGGACUCCUCAGCCUCAGAAAACUAAAUUUCAAAUUUCAGAUGCUCACACCUGUAAGAGGAACUUCUGGGACUUGAAAAUGUGCCUGAUAAAAGGCACAAAAAAUGAUCCUUCUCCAUGUAAACGGAAAGGAUUUUCUGAGGAGACUAAAUUGAUACUUUAUUCUGACUCUCAGCAUGUAGUCAAAUGAGCUUUAACUAAGUUUCCUCUUUAAAUAGGUAUAUCACAGGAAUGAAAUUUGAAACUCUUCUGGGGUCAUCUUAUUCAACAGUUUUCCAUAGAGGUCUUUCAAAAUGGGGAAAAAGUCACGUGAUAAUGACACAAAAUUUGAAGCUUGGGGAGAAAAUGUUGAAAAUGGUCCUUCGGUCUCACCCGAUAAAAUGUUAAAAAUUCAGUCAGAUCACUCGAAAUCACCAGAGAAAAUUGUAAGAAAUUACCGGAAUCCGUCAGUAACACCGGAAAAACAUUUAAAAAUCCAGUCACGUCAUUCAAAAUCGCCGGAAAAAGUUAUAAAAAAUUGUUGGUGCCCCUCAGUAACACCAGAAAAGACUGUGAAAAUUCAGUCAUGUCACUCAAAAUCACCAGAAAACGUUAUAAAAAAUCAUCGGAGUCCUUCAAUUACACCAGAAAAGUUUUUAAAAAUUCAGUCACGUCACUCAAAAUCACCAGAAAAAGUUAUAAAAAAUCAUCGGAGUCCUUCAAUUACACCGGAAAAGUUUUUAAAAAUUCAGUCACGUCACUCAAAAUCACCAGAAAAAGUUAAAAAAAAUCAUCGGAGUCCUUCAAUAACACCGGAAAAGUUUUUAAAAAUUCAGUCACGUCACUCAAAAUCACCAGAAAAAAUUGUAAAAAAUCAACCAAGUCCAUCAGUAGUACCGGAAAAUUUGCUGAACAUCCAAUCGCAUCACUCAAUAUCUCCAGAGAAAAACAUUAAAGAUCAAUGGGACCCUUCUACAACCCCGGAAAAUGUUUUACAGAAUCGACUAGGUCCUACCACAUCGGCAGAAAAGGUUACAAAAAAUCAAUCGAGUCAUUCCAAUUCACCAGAAAAGAAUGUCAUUGAAGAAUCCCCUACCAAGAAUAACAAAGAUAAGAAAGAAUCCAAGAGAAAGGAGAAAAAAUGUUCAAACACUACUGCGAACAGUGAUGCAAAACCAAGAGCACUUGAUAAUGGAUGGAAAUUUAGAAAAAUGAUUAGAUCGAUCAAGGAUGCUGAUUUAAAAAAGCCGUGCAAAGUUCACGGCUACAGUACACCUCCAAAAAAAAACUGCGGUAGAGGUUACCACAGAAGUAUGACAAAGCAUCCGACCAUUGAAGAAAAAGUUGAAGAUAAAGCAAAAUGUGAACUUGGGGUCUUUUCAACCUUGGAUGACACAUCCCAGGUCAGCGACAAAUCACCGACUUAUCCUAGUACAAAAAGCAUUCUCAAAUCGAAUGGUGACAAGGUAUCGAAGAUGAAGUCCAACAUAAAGUUUGACUUCCUCCCAAGCACUUGGAGUAGUACAAGUUGGAAGACUGAUCCUCUAAACUCAUCCACUUUUGCAUCCCAUCUCUCAAAAAGUAGGUAUAAUACAUUUAAAUCGAGCCAAUCGCAGAUUCGGUCCUGCUCUUUCUCUCGUAAUAAUCACCAAUCUUCCUCUUUUUCGGGCUCUUUUCCACAUGAUCAUCGUUUCUCAUCUCCUGGCCACCCGCUAGGACUUUAUCAAGAAGCUCCAGGCUCGAAAGUUAGGGUGUCACCUCUUUCUCAGAUUCUAAACCAUGGUAGAAUUGACAAAGACUCUCGGAGAUCAAGCAGAGCCUCUAUCAACAUUCUUUCCAAAUUUAAUCAAAUUUAUGAGAACCCAGACCUUUAUGAUCCAAGAUCCAAAAGGAGUAUGUUGAGUCUCUUGCAAAAACGGUACAGCACCAACAACACAAGUGUGCCUUACACAAAGAAACCUCUAAUUUACAGCACAAACGUCACAGGAAAACCUAGGCACGGCCCGAAAGUAGUUUGUCAUUCCCAUCCAACAGCUCAUCCUGAGGUCCUAAGUGCCACCUCCAUUCAUUCUGAAAGCUUUGAAUCUGAUUUUGAUGUCAUCAGCUUACUUUCGAGCCAAUCUGAAACAAUUAAUGCUGCAGAAAAUGCAGCCCAGCAUCAAACUAGUGUGAACUUAAGAUGUUGUGAACCUAACUGCAAGUCUUCGCCGUUGAGACAGCUGAACCAACAACAACGCCACACUAAGACAAUCAGCUCAUCUGAAUCAAGUGAGAUGGAGAGUAGUUGUUCAUUCUGCAGUGGAAUGUUUCGCAGCAAUGUCCCAUCCAGCAGAAUGGAUGGAAAGGGUGUAGCAGAUGAAAAUUGGUUGAGCGAUUUUUAUGGGCCAAAAUACAGAAUGAGUCUGAGGAACCAAGUAUGCAAUAAGGCGUGAUAAUUUCGCGCCAAUGAUUAUGUAAGGGAGAUUAAUAUCUCUUACUGGUUGAUAAAAUGGAACCAGUUGAAACGACGCAAAGCUCAACGACUUCCAGCUGCCUUCUACAUUACAGUAUUAAUUGAGAACUCCAAUGUGAUAUAAAAAUAGUAGGGAUUUAAAUUUUUAAGAUCAAACAAAAUUAGGCUGAGAUUGAAUUAUUGAUGAUUGUAGUCGAAAUUAUACUUUCAAAAGUCUAUCCUGGUUGCAACUUUUACUUAUUAAAAAUUUGUAAGAAACUCCCGAACAGGGGAGGACAAUAUAGCAGGUAACUGUAGAUUUAGAGAUUGGAUUUUCACUUUUUUCCUUCGGUUCACUAAAAAUACAAUAUCUAAAGUUUUUAUAUUCAAUAUCUUAAUAAAAUGGUGUUUCAAAAACUAUAAA